AUGGAGAGUCAAAAGCAGACCAGUUUUACCUUUGAGAUAGAUAACUUUUCCGAGAAGGAAGCUCCGAUAUUAUCACCUAAUUUCUUUAGCGGCGGCUGCGAAUGGUAUGCUAAGGUUUAUCCCAAAGGAGCUAUUGUUGAUGAUCACUUGGCUCUGUACCUCUAUGUUGCGAAUUCAAAAUCAUUGAGACUUGGAUGGAAGAGGCAAGCUAGUUAUUCCUUCUUUCUGCUGAAUAAAUCAGGCCAAGAGCUCUUCAAAACAAAGGAAGUCUGCAAGUUAUUUUGCGCUCAAUUCUCAGCAUGGGGUUAUCCAAAGUUCUUGCCUCUUAAACAGCUUCAAGCAAAUGGGGUUUUGGAGAAGAACAAACUGAGAGUUAAAGUGGAAGUAAAAGUAGUUGAAGUUGUUGAUGAAGGAGUUGUCACUGGGAAGGAGACGUUAGAUGUCAAAGGUUUCCAAGUUCUUUAUCCUCAGGUUAUUUCAGUGACUAGGCUUUUCACUGAACACCCGGACAUUGCUUUAAACUUGAGGUUAAAGGACCAAUUCCUGAAGACAACGUACAUGAAUAUCCUCCUUGGUCUUAUCGACACGCUGAACAAGCCUCCACAUGACAUCUCCGAGACUGAGCUAAGCAACGCUAGCAACAAGUUGUGCGAUCUAACAGAAGCAGGAUUCAAGCUAGACUGGUUGAAGACAAAGCUUGAUGAGGUUUCCUUGGAGAAGAAGAAAUCAAACGUUCAAGUCCAAGAACUCGAGGAGCACAUCAAGAAUCUCACACUUGAACUGAACAAAGAGAAGGGAAUAACUGAUACUUGUGCUGCUAAAGUUCUCUUGUUGGAGAAGACCGUGUGGGAUCUUAAAUAUGAGCUGAACAAGGAGAAGCGCGAAUCUGCUGCUGAAUUUCUGUCGUUGGAACAGACAGUGUCAGAUCUUAAAGAGGAGCUGAAAAAAGAGAGGCACGAAUCUUAUGGUUAUGUUGCUAAAGUUAUAUUGUUGGAGGAGACGGUGUGUGAUCUUAAAGAUAAGCUGAACAAGGAGAAGGGCAAAUCAGAUACUUGUGAUGCUAAAGUUUUGUUCUUGGAACAGACGGUGUUGAAACUUAAAGAUGAGCUGAACAAGGAGAAGGGCAAAUCAGAUACUUGUGCUGCUAAAGUUUUUUUCUUGGAACAGACGGUGUUGAAACUUAAAGAUGAGCUGAACAAGGAGAAGGGAAAAUCAGAUACAUCUGCUGCUGAGGUUCUGUCCUUGGAACAGACGGUGUCGGAUCUUGAAGAUGAGGCGUCGAAUCUUGAAGAUGAGGCGUCGGAUCUUAAACAAGAGGUGUCGGAUCUUAAAGAUGAGCUGAACAAGGAGAAGGGAAAAUCAGGUACAUCUGGUGCUAAAGUUUUAUCGUUGGAACAGACGGUGUCGGAUCUUAAACAUGAGGUGUCGGAUCUUAAGGAUGAGCUGAACAAGGAGAAGGACGAAUCAGAUACUUGUGCUGCUAAAGUUUUGUCACUGGAACAGACGGUGUCGGAUCUUGGAGAUGUGCUGAACAAGGAGAAGGGCAAAUCAGAUACUUUGGAGCAGGCAGUGUUGAAUCUCAGAGCUGAGCUGAACAAGGAGAAGGCUGCUGUUUGCUCUUGGGAAGUAUUGGAUUACGAGGAUCUCCCUAAUGAUAAGUAG